CUUUUGGACUCAGUGUCAAGGAAUCGAAACGCAGUCAAAAUAGAGAGAGAGAGAGAGAGAGAGAGAGAGAGAGAGAGUCACACAUGUAAUAAACCUUGGUCGACAAUCUCGCCCUUUCCAUGUGAUUUCUCCACUUCCUCUCUCUCUCUACUGCAACUUCCUCCUCCUGCUUCAACUUCAUUCGGGUAAUGAUGAACUAGCGUAGAGAUUUGGAUCUUCUUCUUCGUCCUCUCACCAACUCUUCACCGGUUAGAUCUCUUUUUCACGCUAACGAAUGAGGAGCGUUGCCGCCGCCGCCGCUGCUGCUGCUGCUGCUUCUAAGCCUUCUAAUCCUCUCGUCGCCUUUGAGCACAAGAGGGAUGCAUACGGAUUUCCUGUCAGACCUCAACAUGUGCAGAGAUACAGAGAAUAUGCUGAUAUUUACAAGGAAGAAGAAGAAGAAAGGUCGGACAGGUGGAGCAGUUUCUUGGAAGAUCAUGUUGAAUCGACUGAGUUACCUACAAACGGAUCUUCUGAAAAUAUUCACGCACCGUUUAGUGAAAGUGAGAAGGAAAAAGAAAAAGAAUUAAACAAGGGGCCUGGUGAAGAUCUGCAUACUGACAAGUUAGGUUCUGAUGUAACUCCUGAUAAUGCCAGUGAAGAAGAAGGACACCCCGAUGCAGAGAAGAAUGUUCACAGAGUGCAAUUAUGGACUGAGAUCAGACCGUCUUUACGAUCAAUUGAAGACUUGAUGAGCAUCCGUGUCAAGAAGAAGGGGGAUUUAUCAAAAAGCGAGCAAGAGGCUCCGAAGGUGAAGAUUUCACCUUCAUUUGAUGAUGCCAAAUCUUCCAAGGGAGCAUCUGAUAUUGAUUCUGAAGACGAGUUCUAUGAUGUUGAGAGGUCCGAUGUUCAGGAUGGUUCUUCUUCAGAUGGUACAGGUGUCUCUGGUAUCCCUGUUGCUGCUGAUGCAAGUCCACUGUCUACAUGUCCUUGGAAGGAAGAACUUGAAGUGCUGAUUCGCGGCGGUGUACCUAUGGCUCUGAGGGGAGAGUUAUGGCAAGCAUUCGUGGGCGUGAGGAAACGACGAUGCAAGGAUUAUUAUCAAAACCUUCUUGCAGCAGAUGGUUCUGUAAACACCAUAGAGCAAGAGGAUAUGCAGCAUGUUGAUGAUAAAGGUUCAAGUACAGAAUCUAUUGCUGUUGUGGAAAAAUGGAAAGGACAGAUAGAAAAGGACUUACCUCGGACAUUUCCUGGUCAUCCUGCUCUAGAUGAUGAUGGUAGAAAUGCUCUACGGCGUUUGCUUACUGCUUAUGCUAGGCAUAAUCCUUCUGUAGGAUACUGUCAGGCUAUGAAUUUCUUUGCUGCGCUUUUAUUGCUUUUGAUGCCAGAAGAAAAUGCCUUUUGGGCACUGAUAGGACUCAUUGAUGACUACUUCAAUGGUUAUUAUUCAGAAGAAAUGAUAGAGUCUCAGGUUGAUCAACUAGUUCUGGAGGAGUUAGUUCGAGAAAGAUUUCCUAAAUUGGUUCAUCAUCUGGAUUAUCUUGGAGUGCAAGUGGCUUGGGUUACAGGGCCAUGGUUUCUUUCCAUCUUCAUGAAUAUGCUUCCAUGGGAAAGUGUUCUUAGAGUCUGGGAUGUGCUUCUCUUUGAAGGAACUCGUGUUAUGCUUUUCAGAACAGCACUCGCAUUGAUGGAACUAUAUGGUCCUGCAUUAGUUACUACGAAGGAUGCUGGAGACGCUGUUACUUUGCUACAAUCACUGACUGGAUCAACAUUUGAUAGCAGCCAGCUAGUUUUAACUGCUUGCAUGGGUUACCAAAAUGUACAUGAAAUUAGAUUGCAAGAAUUGCGAAGCAAGCAUAGGCCAGCUGUGAUCGCUGCACUUGAGGAAAGGUCAAAGGGGCUUCAAGCGUGGAGAGAUUCUAAGGGACUUGCCUCCAAAUUAUAUAAUUUUAAGCAAGACCCAAAAUCUGUUUUGGUGGAUAGCAAAGCCUCAUUGUCAAAUGGGAGUUUGUCUCGAUCUGAGUCAGGAUCAAGUAAUGCAGAUGAAGUGUUGGUUAGCCUAACUGGGGAUGGGGAGGUAGAUUCUGUUCAAGAUCUUCAAGCGCAGGUUCUGUGGUUGAAGGCUGAACUCUGCAAGUUGCUUGAGGAGAAACGAUCAGCUCUACUUAGAGCUGAAGAAUUGGAGAUUGCUCUCAUGGAGAUAGUAAAGGAAGACAAUCGGCGUCAAUUGAGUGCCAAGGUCGAACAGUUAGAGCAAGAAAUGGCCGAAGUUCAGAGACUCCUCUCUGAUAAGCAGGAACAAGAAGGUGCAAUGCUACAGGUCUUGAUGCGGGUGGAGCAAGAACAGAAGGUAACAGAAGAUGCACGAAUAUUUGCUGAGCAGGAUGCAGAAGCGCAGAGAUAUGCUGCUCAAGUCUUGCAGGUCGUUACUCGCCUUCCAUGGAGUAGAGUUACACAUUAGUUUAGGACCAUAAUCUCUGUAAAUCCUGUAUUAACCCUUGUCUGUAUUUCAGAGCUGCGUGAUUUGAAUGCAACUUUAUAUCCUUUUCCUUUUUUUGUAUUCUCCUGUUCUAUCUUAGAUCGUUUCUGUAACGAAUAUGAUAACUGGUCUAGGAAAAAUACGAGGAAGCUGUUGCUGCACUGGCUGAAAUGGAGAAGAGAGCAGUGAUGGCAGAGUCCAUGCUCGAGGCAACUUUGCAGUAUCAAUCUGGCCAACUCAAAGCACAACCUUCACCACGGCAAGUUAACCAAGAUUCGUCACCAGAACCUCCUCCAAGCAGGAUCAGUUUGCUAGCACGGCCAUUUGGACUAGGGUGGCGCGACAAGAACAAGAACACAACACCUGAAAAAUCUCCGGAGCAUGUUAAUGACGAGAAGCAAUCAUCAACAGAGGCAAAAGAGACUAACUCUGAACCAACGGAAACUAAGGUCCAAGACAUUUCCUAGGUAUAAUCAACCUUGAAGCUCUCUUUUCCACUUCCAUCUUCAAAUCGUAGUAGCUAAAUCGUCCUACGUGUAGUCUCAAUAGCUUCUCAGUUCUCUCAGUCACCCUUUUUUCAUAAUUCCGGAUUGAAUUUUGGGAGAACUUUUAAAUACAUUCAUUUGUUUGUUUGUGGUAUGCUGCUAUAAAUAUAUUCAUUUUAAGGUGAUGGGAUACAUACAAGACAUAAAUGGUGUAUAUAGUUCAUUAAUCUCUAAGCUAGUAAGUAAAUGAUUCUCUUGGAUACCCUCAGUUUUAUAAUAUAUGAAUUUUAU